AUGCGCGGGAAAACCUGUAAUUGGCUGCAUGUUAUAAGCCUGACGAAAAGCACAGUGAUCAUUGCGGCUGCAGCCAUAGCAAUUAAGAGCAUAACGGCAAGAUACAGGAACCGUCGUGAAUUCAUGUGCGCGAACGGAGACUUGAUCUAUGGAUUCGCCAGAACACUGGGCGUGUUUGCUGCGACGAUGUUCGGCUCCACUGUUCUAUUGCCGGGACCUAAGUUUACGGCAAACGACACCCUGGAAGCCAUCACAGAGCACAGAUGCACCAUCGCCACCGGUUCACCGAGCAUGUUCUUUGAUAUGUUGCGUGAGCUUGAAGAAGGAUCGUACGACGUUUCGUCCCUUAGAAAAGCGGUUAUGGGUGGGUCCGUGUGUAAACCUGCCAUUGUGGAAAAGAUAAGAACACGGAUGAAUGCAAAAGGUUUAUACAUCCUGUUCGGUGGCACCGAAACUAGUCCAGUCUUCAGCAGCACGAAUCCUGAUGAGCCAAUGGAUCUCUGGAUUCGGACCGUUGGGACACCGCUGGACCAUGUUGAGGUGAAGGUUGUGGACGCCGAAGGCAGGAUUGUUCCCGUGAACACGGGGGGAGAGCUGUGCACCCGAGGUCCCCACGUCUUCAAGGGCUAUCUUAACGAUGAGGCCAAGACAAAUGAAGCCAUUCGGGACAACUGGUACCACACGGGUGACGAGGGUUCAAUGAGCGAGGAUGGUCGGCUCACAUACCUGGGCCGCAUCAAAGAGAUGAUCAACUACAGGGGCUUGAAAGUGCCGCCGCUGGAGAUUGAGAAUGUCCUCAGCACUCACCCGGACCUGGAGGAGGCGCAGGUGAUUGGAGUACCGGACGAGCAGACAGUUGAACGAGUAUGUGUCUGGAUCAAACUGAAACCAAAUAAAACCUUAUCCCCAGAAGACAUCAAGGCAUUUUGCAAGGAAAAGGAGUUGCACUGGUACAAGAUACCGGAAUACGUGCUGUUUGUGGACUCCUUCCCGAGGACUCAGACCGGAAAAGUCCAGAAGCAGAAAAUGCGGGAGGACAGUGUGCGGCUCCUUAACCCGUGAAGAAAGAUCAAUGUGAAACAAAGAAACAAACGGAAAAAUUUUUUUACUCUAAACAAUUUUGUGUAUUCACUGGCGUGGAAGCAUUGUCUCACUGGAAGGAAUACGCCAUCGACCGCGAGCGCUGCUUCGUAAAACAUUUAAUAG